GGAAGACAGACAGCAGGCAUCAAAGGGUUAACAACCACCCGGAACUGUUCUGACGUUCCCAUGAUGAAAACAUUUCAUCAGACUCUGACGGUCAUGUUUCUGACUUACAGGAACACAUGCAUGUGAUAAGAUACAUGUACAGACAUACACCGAUCUCAACGAUUUGCAGUUUACACACAGCGAUGAUGAUGUCCCCAACAGCAAAAGUUCUGCACUUACGUCAACAGAAGGCAAAUGGUUUUUCUGUGCAGCAGGAUUGCGUUCAGCAAGAUCAGACUGAGAUUCUGAAGUCAACUGUCAACGCCCUGAAGGAUGGUGAGGUGGUAGCGGUACCGACGGACACCUUGUACGGUCUGGCAUGCCUGGCCCAGAGCUCAGAAGCUGUCAAGAAGGUGUACGACAUCAAAGGCAGAAAUGGACAGAAGCCACUGGCUAUUUGUGUUGGGGAAGUCGAGGAAAUAUACAAAUACUGUAAAGUUCUGGUGAAAAGGGAGCUGCUCGAGUGUCUACUGCCUGGCCCUGUAACGCUGGUCCUGGAGAGAUCAGAGGACUUGAACCCCGACCUCAACCCCUUCACCCCGCUGGUGGGCGUUCGCAUCCCAGACCACCACUUUAUGAGACGCCUGUGCCAGAUGUGUGGCGAGCCUCUUGCCCUCACCAGUGCCAACAUCAGCUCCAAGACCAGCACCGUCGACAUCCAUGAGUUCCAGGAGCUGUGGCCGAGGGUGGCGGUGGUUGUGAACGGUGGCCGCAUCGGGGACCAGAGCAGACAGGGCUCCACAGUCGUCAACCUCUCGGUCCCUGGCCGAUACAGCAUCAUACGCCCAGGCUGUGCUCUGGCUACCACAGUCGAGGUGCUGGAAGGCAAGUUUGGACUGCUAGAGGACACAGACGGUCAAAAGGUUUGACAGCCUGCAAGAAGAUGGAAACUUUUGGAAGCGCACAAUCCUCUUCUCUCUGCAUUCUGUGCUCGGCUUUGCUUGAAGGUGGUACCUUCAGCCAAGGACGGAGGAGUAUUCUGCUCCGAGACAGUCCAGGGAGAAGACUCUCCCUCACCCCCCGUCUCGCACUGUGGACCUAACAGCAUGUGUUUGUGUGUUCUGUCAUCUGGGUGGAGGGCUAAAGGAUAUCAAUUCAUCUGCCUCAAGGUUGACUAUACUGUAACGUGGAGAGAGUCAGCAAUAUAGCUGGUCAUAUAAUGCUAGAUAUUCAUUUUGAAGAGUGCAAUAUGGAGGUAAACAUCCAUCCUUCUGGGGUUAUUAUUUUUGUUUUAGUAAACAUACCACAAAACUCUUAUUUCAGAGAUUUGUUGCACUGGCAGAUUAUCAUGGCCAAGGUCGAGAUUGGUUGUAUACAGGUAGGGAAAAGAUUAAACCUUGGAUAUGAAUUUGAACCUUUAAUUCCUGGAAUAUAUGUCAUAUGUAUUUUAAAUUGUUUUCUUUUUUAUUUAUGAGAGUGUUUUGUUUUAUUUAUGAGAGAUGUACUUGUCAAAUACAAAGCAGACGUUGUUACAACCUUGUUUGAACCCCUUACCUUUUUGCUGGUGUUUUUUUUUCCCCUAUUAUGCUGCUUUUUUCCCUGGUGGCUUUGACUUGUUGGGAUUGAUCAUGACCUGAAGUCACAUGGUCUACAUUAUAAUCUUCUUGCCCUCCAAUGAGACUUGAUACUGGAGCAAGUAUAAGAAGUAGCGUGCCGUGUUUUUUUUAUUUUUUAUAAAGGACCAAAAUUCAAUGUGUGAGUCAAAAGAUUUUUCUUUCUUUUUUGAUGAAGGCAUAUGCUGCAGAACUUUCUCUGGAUAACCCAUUGUCCUGCUGGGUUAGCUUAUGGCACCUUUAAUCUGCACAAAAAACAACUCUCUUUUUUUAUAUCUAUUUCAGAAUAAAGACUAAAGCUCA